UCAUUUGUUUCUUUUGUGUCUUGUAGAAGAUGGAUUACAGUGCCCAGUUCUGCAGGGAGGCCUCUGGUGAGCUUACCUUUAAACCCUCACCUGAGACAGUGGCUCUUGCUGCUGCCUACAGGAAAAAUCCCACUCCGGGACGCUCAUGGCCUGCUGCAAGGGUGAAGGACGAGGCCAUCGCUCAUGUGGCAGGUGACACGUCCAAUCACUGAGUUAGAGCGCCCUGCAGUUUGGGGUAAAACUUUAAGUGGUUGCUUUCCAAUGAUGUUGGUUACGCAGCCAUGGUGCUGGCCGUGCAUCAGCGGGAGCGUCUGCUGUCAUGCAACAGCAACAAGUAUGCUGGUCUGUUUUCUGACAUGAUGGCUGCCAUCAGCGAGCGCCGGGUUAGAGAGGGCUAUGGCACACCAGCCCAGGAAGACCAGGUGCUCGUUGGAUUUGGCUACUUUGCCACCAUGUCCUUUAAGGACCUUUAUGAGGCGACGGACCGUGACAGAAAAGGGUCCGGGGUUCACAUCUCUAACAGAGUGGACCAGCUCAGUGGCCCAGUCAAUCCGUGUAGUGGAAGCCAUUUGCCUGGCUCUCUGCCGGAUUCACCCUGCCGGUCAGACCAUUGCCGGAGUCCGGGUGAACCGAUGGGCUGCCAUCCUAAGGAAUUACAGGAUGAUCCGAGAUGUAGUCCUGGGCAGCCCCGGAAUCAUGGCCCAGAUGAAAUUAAAGCUCUUUGA